UCACGCACGUCUUGACUCUCAGCAUCACUUUGCGUCCUUCACAGCGAACGGGCUGGACUUCAUCACGCGCUGCCUCGUUCCUGGAUCAGACUUUGAAGACUUUCAUGAAGUGGACUUUUGCGAUGAGAUCUUGAGCCUCCGGUUUCCACUGUGACGCAGGAGACCCUCACCCUCUCGACGCACCGCUGCGCGCACUCCGCCAAGCAGCAAGAAGCGAAGAAGGUGCCGUGGAAUCGACCUGCGCGGACGCGAGAAUGACUUUUGAUCAGACCUGCUCACUCUUCUGAGAGCUGCCACAGAGAAAAGAGCAAUUUGGCGUCGGUUCACCAGCCAAAACAAAAAGACCACCCGGGGCAUCCAGAGGAAUUCCGUCCAUCCCCUGCUCCGUUUCUGCCGGAACCCAAGUGGAUACAUAUAUAUAUUAUAUACAAUUGUUUGGUGGAUUAUUGUUCAGACUACAUAGCGGGAGUUUAAGGAAAUGCCAAACAGCUGGAGACUGAAAACAUCUGUCUGACCUGUGACUCCGAGAAAACACCUCCACCUGCUGCGGAGAGUGAAGGCUUCAGAGAGAAUGUGAACUGCUGAGAUCCUCCCACGGUGAUACAGACAAGCAUGCCCAACUCGUGAUCCUCCACAACAGCAAAACCUCAGGGUCGGCGUUUUGAAGGUGGUCAGGACCUCCAUGCUCUUUACCAUCAGUGGUCCUUUAGAAUCACACCCUCCGAUCUUAUUACAGUCACAGAAAUGGCAAGAGGAAGCGACUUCACCGUCUCCAGUCAACACUUCCUGUCUCUGCUGGUGUUGAAGAGCUGCUGGCUGCUGGGCACUGCGUCCCAGAAGCCCACUGUGGUCACAGACUCCCAGCUGCCUCUGCAAGAGUAUGCCCACUCAAUCAGGCUGGAUGGCGAUAUUAUCCUGGGGGGUCUUUUCCCAGUGCAUGCCCGUGGGGAGAGGGGGGUGCCCUGUGGUGAGCUGAAGAAGGAGAAAGGCAUUCACAGGCUGGAGGCCAUGCUCUUCGCUAUCGACCUCAUCAACAAGGACCCGGAGCUGCUGCCCAAUGUGACUCUAGGGGCACGCAUUCUGGACACAUGUUCGCGAGACACCUACGCUCUGGAGCAGUCGCUCACCUUUGUCCAGGCUCUAAUCGAGCGGGAUGGAUCAGAUGUGCGCUGUGCCAACGGGGACCCGCCCAUUUUCGCCAAACCUGAUAAGGUGGUCGGUGUCAUCGGGGCGUCUGCAAGCUCUGUCUCGAUCAUGGUGGCCAACAUCCUGCGGCUGUUCAAGAUUCCGCAGAUCAGUUACGCCUCCACGGCUCCAGAGCUCAGCGACAACACCCGCUACGACUUCUUCUCCCGUGUGGUUCCUCCAGACUCCUACCAAGCUCAGACCAUGCUGGACAUCGUCACGGCCAUGGGAUGGAACUACGUGUCCACGCUGGCUUCUGAGGGAAACUACGGCGAGAGCGGCGUCGAGGCCUUCGUCCAGAUAUCCAGAGAGUCAGGAGGGGUGUGCAUUGCUCAGUCCCUGAAGAUUCCCCGGGAGCCAAGACCUGGGGAGUUUGACAAGAUUGUGCUGCGACUGGUUGAGACUCCCAACGCUCGCGCAGUCAUCCUGUUCGCCAACGAGGACGACAUCAGGAGGAUCCUAGAUGCUGCCAAACGGAACAACCUGACGGGUCACUUCCUGUGGGUGGGCUCUGACAGCUGGGGCUCCAAAAUCUCACCAGUGGUCCAGCAGGAACGUGAGGCUGAAGGUGCCAUCACCAUCCUGCCCAAAAGAGCCUCAGUAGAUGCUUUCGACCGCUACUUCAGGAGCCGCUCGCUGUCGAACAACCGCAGAAAUGUCUGGUUCGCAGAGUUCUGGGAGGAGAAUUUUGGCUGUAAGCUCGGGAUGCAUGGGAAGAGACCUGGAAGCCCGAAGAAGUGCACAGGUCUGGAAAAAGUCAGCCGCGACUCCACGUAUGAGCAAGAAGGGAAGGUUCAGUUUGUGAUGGACGCCGUGUAUGCCAUGGCUCAUGCACUCCACCGCAUGCACCGAGAGCUAUGUGCUGGCUACCCAGGUCUCUGCCCACGCAUGGCAAACAUUGAUGGCAAAGAGCUGCUGGCCCAUAUCCGCGCUGUCAAUUUUAACGGAAGCGCCGGGACUCCAGUCACUUUCAACGAGAACGGCGACGCCCCUGGACGUUACGAUAUUUUCCAAUAUCAGAUCAACAACAAGUCGCUUGCUGAGUACAAGGUGAUUGGACAAUGGACCAACCAGCUGCGUCUUAAGAUGGGGGCACUUCAGUGGACCGCCGGCGACUCCUCCCUGCCAGCGUCUGUGUGCAGCCUGCCGUGUCGCACUGGUGAACGAAAGAAGGUGGUCAAGGGUGUUCCAUGUUGCUGGCACUGCGAGCGCUGCGAGGGCUAUCACUUUCAGGCUAGUGAGUUCACCUGUGAACUCUGCCCCUAUGAGAAGAGACCAGACCAGAACCGCACAGGCUGUCAGCCCAUCCCCAUCAUCAAGCUGGAGUGGCACUCCCCCUGGGCUCUGGUGCCCGUGUUCAUCUCCGUCCUGGGGAUCAUCGCCACUACCUUUGUCAUAGUGACGUUUGUGCGCUACAAUGACACACCCAUUGUUCGCGCUUCAGGACGAGAGAUGAGCUAUGUGCUGCUGACUGGCAUUUUUCUGUGUUACAUCAUCACCUUUCCGAUGAUCGCCGCUCCGGAUGUCGUCGUGUGCUCCUUCCGUCGUAUUUUCCUGGGCCUUGGUAUGUGCUUCAGCUACGCAGCGCUGCUUACUAAGACCAACCGUAUCCACCGCAUCUUUGAGCAAGGAAAGAAAGCGGUCACUGCGCCGCGCUUUAUUUCACCUGCCUCUCAGCUGGUCAUCACCUUCUCGCUUAUCUCAGUUCAGCUGCUCGGUAUCCUGAUGUGGUUUGCUGCCGACCCGCCACACACCUUCGUGGACUAUGGAGAGCAGCGUACACAGGACCCUGGAAAUGCACGUGGUGUUCUCAAGUGCGAUAUCUCCGACCUGUCGCUUAUCUGCUCCCUGGGCUACAGCAUCCUCUUGAUGGUGACAUGCACUGUUUACGCCAUCAAGACGCGUGGUGUGCCAGAGACAUUCAACGAGGCCAAACCCAUUGGAUUUACUAUGUACACAACCUGCAUCAUCUGGCUCGCCUUCAUCCCCAUUUUCUUUGGCACGGCGCAGUCAGCGGAACGGAUGUACAUCCAGACGGCUACAUUGACCGUCUCCCUGAGUCUCAGCGCCUCCGUGUCCCUUGGGAUGCUGUACAUGCCGAAGGUCUACAUCAUCAUCUUCCAUCCCGAGCAGAAUGUCCCCAAGCGCAAGCGCAGCUUCAAGGCCAUCGUCACAGCAGCCACGAUGACCAGCAAGCUCUCCCAGCUGGCGGCUGAGCGGCCCAACGGAGAGGUGAAAACAGAGCUGUGCGAGGGCGUUGAGGCCACUGUUCCACAAACCAAGACCACCUAUGUCAGCUACACCAACCAUGCCAUCUGAAGAAGCAACCUCUCGGAAGAAAGAGUCGUGCAGAAACUGGGACAUUUAACUGGCAGAUUCCUCCGGAGUUCAAAGCUGGCACCGUUAAAACUGAAGAAAGGCUUCGAGGAGUAAAAGGGCGUUUGACGAACUGAUCCAACAUCCUUGUUGUUUUUAUGUUUACAGCCUGCAAGGAAGCGGCCGAUGGGGUGGCUCCACAGAUGCUGGGGAACCUGAAACAAAAAAAAAUGAAAGAAAGAAAAUAAAAGGCUUCUAAAAGAGAUAAAAAUAAAUAAACAAACAAAUGAAUUGUGGGGACCAACCUUAUUUGUCGUUAUCUAAUCGUACUUCAGAAAAAAAAGAAAAAAACUUGUGGUUGUGAAAAUUUCUGAUUCUUCUUCGUCUCAUGUCGUCCGUCCUUCGACCUGCAUUAUGAGAUGAGUCUGUUGCUGUUUCUCGGCUAAAUGAACCGUAGCUUUUGGUUGUGAAAGUGUCUCAAUGCCAUGUUUGAAAUGAAGCAUGCCCCGUUUCUUUUUUUUUUUAUACAAAUGAUCUAUUUAUAAUAAAGGAAUGUUUCACAAGUCAGUG